CCCGUAUAAAGUCAUGUCACGUGUGUGUGAUGUUCCCUCAGAAAUGUAGCAAUGUCUAACGGGAAUUGUAACGACGAAUGGGAUCAUAACGGAGCAGAUGGCAAUGAUAUUGAAGAGGAAGAUGGUUUCUACGUUAGCCAUCAUGAUCAUGAUCAGGACGAGGAUGACUUGCUGAUAGGAGACAACGAAGACGGGGGAGAAAGCAAUGAAGCAAUCAGAGAGCAGUGCCUUACCAUACUAUCAACGAGAGACGCUAUCAUGGAACCUGGCGUGUUUGAUUUACUGAAAAGAUAUUCACAGUGUGGUGGUUCACCAGAAGAGGUCGUUGAGCUGUUGUCCGAAAAUUAUGUUGGAUUGGCUCAGUCGGCGAAUCUCUUAAUACAGUGGCUCAGAGUAGCAGGUGUAAGUGGAGAUGAGAUUAAUGGAAUCAUUGAAGAUUAUUUGAAAAAUGUUGUGAAAAGGCACUUUGACCCACGUAAAGCUGAUUCCAUAUUUGAAGAAACAGGAACUACACCAACAUGGCUAGAAGAGAUGAUAGUUCGUCCUACGUGGCGAGAGCUGUUCUAUGAGCUUGCAGAACAAUAUCCAAACUGUUUGAUGAUGAAAUUUACGAUACAACUUAUUGCUGAUGCAGGAUAUCAGUCUGAAAUCACUAGUGCAUCAACAGCUUCUCAGCAAAUUGACGUGUUUUCUCACAUUUUGAAGACAGCUGUACGUAAGCUAUUCAGUGAUGGAGAAGAUGGCAUCAGCAGCCAUUUACCAGAGUUUGCAAAAAUGGCAUGUCACAGUCAGCAUACACUCCUCUACUCUUUGUCUAUGCUUCAGAAUCUCGCUCAGAGCUCUGUUCAUGCGGCAAAGGCUAAAAGAGUAAUUGAAGAGCUGCAGAGAAUUGCACCUGACAAGUCUGCUGAGGCAAUGAGUUGGAUCAUGCAUUUGAGUUCAGUGGCUGCAUAUCCAAGAGUGUUUGGAGCUCUGACCUCAAUGUUGAGUCGAGAAGUAGCAAGUGCUGGAGAUGUAACUGUUCUGUACAAAGAAUACUCCAGUGGUGAUCCUCCACCUGUAGAAUUUAUUCAGACACCAACUAUAAUGAAUUUACUUGUUGACUUUCUCUUCAAGCUGAAGCAAGUGAAACCAGAACAUCGACACAAGUAUAUCUAUUUACUGGCUUAUGGAGCAUCAGUAUAUGAACGUUGGGAAAAUGGCUAUCGAACAGCACUCCAUCGGGAAGAACUACAUGCAACUCAGUUAGCAUUGGACAGAACUCAAUUUACAUUACAGAAAGCAACUCAAUCCAAGUCAGAUGUGCUGUCAGACCUCACAGAUCUCUACAACAAUAUGAGAUAUCCUAUUGUGUGUCUGAGUGUUACAUGCUGGUGUGAAGCAACUGUCAAGAAUCCAAACAUCCUAUCGGUGACAACAGAUUCAGUACCACUGGAGUUAGCACUGCUUGAUGAGGUGAGCAUUCGACAUUGCUUACUUCAUAGCCAAGUCCAAAAGUUGUUGGUUGAUCUCCUGACAGUUAAUUUGGCAAACAUGGAUGUUCAUCAGCAGUUGAAGCUCCGUCGGACAGUCAUGGACCGUCUUGUUCAUCUGUUCUUCUGUGGGCAUGUUCAACCAGUGCUUUCUUACAUAUAUCACAGUCUUUUAUCUCAAUCUCUGGAUUUGUCACUCAUCAGACAUUUUGUAUCAGAAGUUUUAGAGAUGAUCCGAGAACCCUUCUCCAAUGAUAUUAUCAGUCUUCUAUUACCAAUAGUAGAAAAUGAAGACCUAGUGGAACCUCUCAAAACGUCCCCACAGACAUCUUUGACUUUGACACGAUUUCUCAGGAUUUGCAGCAAGUCGCAGAAAUCAUAGAAUCAUAAUAUGAGUGAUGUGUGGUACUAAAGAAUUAUUUGACUAACAAUCAGUCUCUGUCUUUGAAGCUAUAGAAGGUGACAAAACUUGUUUCCGUAUUAUUAAUAUACAUAGGUAUUUGCCAUUGUACAAACGAUGACCUAAAAUACAAUAAAUGUACAUUGACACUGGCAUGCAGAAUGCAA